AGAACUCUAUCUGAAAAUCAUGGCUUACUAGAUUUUUGCAUCUUUGUCUUUUUCCGUCACCCUGGACAACGAGAAAGAAAAUCACAAAACAAACCGUCUCGUCAGUCGUCAUCAAUCCGCGUCAAACAUUUUCGGUGCCAAUAGCGCUCGUUUAUCCCACCUAUUGCAAGUUAACGAGUCUUCAAAAUGCGCGAGGUGCUUUCGAUCCACAUCGGCCAAGGCGGCGUGCAGAUGGGCAACGCUUGCUGGGAGCUUUAUUGCUUGGAGCACGGUAUACAACCCGACGGCAUGUUGCCGCCGCAGACCUGCACGAACGACGAGGGCUUCCAGACCUUCUUCAGCGAGACAGGCGGUGGAAAAUAUGUGCCCAGGGCCGUCUUCCUCGAUCUCGAACCGACGGUGAUAGAUGAGGUGCGCACGGGAACGUACCAUCAGCUGUUCCAUCCCGAGCAACUGAUAUCCGGCAAGGAGGAUGCCGCGAACAAUUACGCGCGCGGCUACUACACCCUAGGCAAGGAGCUCAUCGACCUCGUGCUGGACAGGAUCCGCAAGAUAGCCGACAUGUGCGCUGGUCUCCAGGGUUUCCUAAUCUUUCACGCGUUCGGCGGCGGCACCGGGUCCGGCUUCGCUAGUCUGCUGAUGGACCGGCUGUCCAUGGACUACGGCAAGAAGGCGAAGCUGGAGUUUGCCAUAUAUCCGUCGCCACAGAUCUCCACGGCGGUCGUUGAACCCUACAACGCGAUCUUGACGACCCACACCACGCUGGAGAACUCCGACUGCGCGUUCCUCGUAGACAACGAGGCGAUCUACGACAUUUGCCGGCGGAAUUUGGACAUCGAACGACCGACCUAUACGAAUCUGAACCGGCUGAUCGGCCAGAUUGUCUCGUCGAUCACGGCCUCCCUUCGGUUCGACGGUGCCCUCAAUAUCGAUCUCACCGAGUUCCAGACGAAUCUCGUGCCCUACCCCAGAAUACACUUUCCUCUAGCGACCUACGCGCCCAUCGUGUCCAUCGAGAAGGCCUAUCACGAGCAGCUCACCGUGAUGGAGCUCACCUCGGCCUGCUUCGAGCCGGCCAUGCAGAUGGUAAAGUGUGAUCCACGAAGGGGCAAGUACAUGGCCUGCUGCUUGCUAUACAGAGGCGACGUGGUGCCGAAGGACGUCAACGCCUCCAUCGCGACCAUCAAGACCAAGAGAACAAUACAGUUUGUCGACUGGUGUCCAACGGGUUUCAAGGUAGGAAUCAAUUACCAACCACCAACCGUGGUACCGGGCGGUGAUCUGGCAAAGGUGCAGAGGGCCAUGGCCAUGCUGGCGAACACCACGGCGAUCGCGGAGGCGUGGAGCCGGCUGAACCGAAAGUUCGAUCUUAUGUUCAGCAAGCGAGCUUUCGUCCAUUGGUACGUCGGCGAGAACAUGGAGGAGAACGAAUUUAACGAAGCCAGGGAGGAUCUGGCCGCGUUAGAGAGGGAUUAUCAAGAGGUCGGCACGGAUUCCCUGGAUAUCGGUGGCGAGGAAGAAGGCUAAGCGCCUCCCAAAAGACUCGCAGUGACAAUCGCGUGCACCAAGAACCCAUGCGCUUCGGUGGGAUAAACGAACUCUUCCUUUUUCCCUCGUCGCACCACUUUUCUAGAACUUUUACAUUGUUUUGCUGUCCUCUUGUACAUAUUUUAUAUGUAUCGUUUUUAUUUUAGACAUACAAGUUUUUGCACGUCUUCGUGAUAUAAUAAAAAAUCCUGCAGCACAGCUUUUACUCCGUUAUAUCGUAUUCCUUGUUGAGGAACUCGCGGGAGGUUCCUUAACAUUCUCGGAGGGAAUUGGGAGGAACGGGGAGAGAAAGACAGAACGCCGCUCGUAGAUAUUAUAGGCUUUUUAUGUGGAACAGCACUUGGCUGCGCGAAUUAUAUUACAUAUGUAUAAAUUUCCGUCGGCAUCUUUACAAUUACGGUCGGAGAAACUCUCGCAUAGAGCGUAAAACUUUUAUUUCUUCCCCCCCUUUUCGAGUAUAGUAAAGUGGUGUAAAAAUCUUGAACGUUCUCUGUACUUGUGCGUAUUACGCUGAUACGUGAGGAAUUUAAAAGAGGAUGUUGCAAAGCAGAGACUAAGUAACAAAAAAAAAAACAAUGUACUCUCUCGCGGACUAAUUGUAAGCUCUGCGAGUAAUGCCGAAUUAAAAUGUCGUUAGUCGCAUAAUCGUAAUAAUAAUAAUAAGGACGAUAGUAAAUUAAAGUAAAAAUGUAGAGCAAUGAUCGAGAUGCUGCCAGGCUGACGACAGAAUAAUAACACGGCAACUAAUCACGCUAAUUACAGCGAUAACGAUGAUAAUAAUGAUAAACAUUCGUCGUAAUCAUAAUCGAGCAUGUCUUUUCACCCCAUCUUUCUUUCUCUCUCUGCACCUUUCACUCUAUCGUCGCUUCGUCGACAACAUUUUGGAACAGUUCUUUAUUCGUCGUAUCAUAUCAAUAGAAUAAUAAUAAUCUAUUGUUAUACUCUUUUUUUUUAAUAGAAUCUUGGACGCGCCGUUCGCUGGCAGACACGCGUAAUAAUUUUCAUAUCUUCGUAUCUAUAAAACCUCUCUCUCUCUCUCUCUCUCUCUCUCUCUCUCUCUCUCUCUCUCUCUCUCUCUCUCUCUCUCUCUCUCUUUCCCUGUAUCUACCUAUUCUCCCUCUUCCGUUUACUUAGAGAAAAAAAAAGGAAAAAGCUUUUUACCUUGUUCUUUUCAUCAUACUUUUUGGAUUGGCAGACGAAGUCCGCCGCUCGCUGGACUAGAGAUUUUCACUACCGCUUUAUUGCGCAUCCGUUAUCAUAUAUUCGAAGGGGAGGGAUUUUCCUCCUCCUCGUUUCUCUAGCAUUCGUUAAAAAUUAACACUUUAAAGGGCCAAGCACGCCGUCCCCUUUGGCUCGAAAAUCGUUUCGUCGUUUCAAGUUUUCUCUGGACUGUGAAGAAUUCGUCUCCCUCUCUUAGAGAGGCAAAUCGCAAACUAAAACACUGACAAUUCCCUAUCAUUAUCACCUGACGAGGACAACGUCAUUCUGGAUUUACAUUGAUGGACUUACGAAGAUAUUCAGAGAUAAACUCCAGCUAGAAUAAUUUCUUUUCGAGACGAAAAAACUUUACAAGCGCGUGAUGAGACACACCGGACGCACAAGACACCGUUUCGAAGAUUAAGAUAAGAUAUUUCGAACCGGACACUCCGUGUCGUCCGCGGAUCAACGGAAUCAACGCCACAACUGUGUUCUCAUCUCUUUUCACGUCCAAAGGGUCAACGCGAAUCGUAAUGCCACGCAGCAGAGGUCAGAACAAAUGUAAAUCCUUAAGUCCUAAGCUCUGUCGAAUUAGAAAAGUAUUCGAAAAAGGCUUCGCUGUGUGAGUUCGCAACUAACUUCCAAAUCGAUUAUACAAUGUUUCGCGAUAUGUCGCGAAAUUAUGCACCCGCAGGAUCGCUACGCGAAGGCCAAAAAUCUCUUACUGAUCGUAGUCAGGCGUACACAAUCAAUCCGCGUAUAAACAUCGUGUCACAGGACGCUAAAGUGACGAGUGCUGACGUUAUUAGCAAAACGAAUAUUAUUAGCUAGAUCGAAGCGAUUGUCAUCGUCAGGAUUUGCCUGCACGCGAAUGCCCGUUGGAGUGGCGAAAGGCCGAGUAAAACAGACGGGAAGCGCUCAGGAUCUUUGGUAAAACCCCGCCUGACACGAUCGGCGAUGAUCACGGACGCUCAAACACUAGCGCUCAAGGAAAUAGUUGAGGAAGAUGAACGAUGUAGGACCUCGAGUUUAUCCCGCUCUCGUCGUGGCAAGGAUACCGGACGACGAGGUACAGUUUUCGAUCGCCCUAGAAGUGGGGCCGAAGACGCGAAUAUCCAGAUAUCCUAGGCGUCUGAUCGGAAAGUUUGGGCUAUGCAAUCACACGGUCCGUUAAAUAAUAAUCACGUUACGAGAUAGUGACUAUGUUAACUCACCAAUCAUCACUAAUCGGCAAAUCGUAAAAGUAAUAACGGUCGUGGCAAACGAAACUACUCGCGAAUAAUUAAGGACAGUUACACUGAACGAACAACUAAUAAUAAUACAAUUAAUCGUAGCGGUAGAACAUUAAUAAUAGUAAUAGUAAUAAUAAAAUAAUUAAUUAAAGAUUGGAAGAGUAGUACGGUGGUAAGUAGUAGUAAUAGUAGUAGAAUAGUAAUAGUGAUAGUUGAGAGCGGUAGUAGUAAUUGGUAAUGGUAUAAUGACGAUUAUGUCACUUGUGAAAAUAUCUAGGAUCGAUCUCUUUUGUCGAUGACGCAAUCGCACAGUUCGCAGUCAUUCACUCUCACUUACAAUACAGAUUGGCAGACAGAAUAUCGAUGUACAAGCAAACUCGACCAACUACCACUUUUCAUCUCGCUUUCAUUCUCAUUCUCUCACACUCUCACUUUUUGUCCGUAUCCGCGGCAAUUCAUCUCCGCGUUCUCGCUCGAAAAUCGACAGUGGUGGCAGUGAUCGUGAUUUCGAAAGCACCGCUGCUUUCUUUGUGCAUGGUCCACCUAUUAACAUAUUAAUUGACAGCGACGCGAUCACGCGAACGCGUCGCGAACUGCCUUAAAUAUUAAUAGCGUUAAAUAUUCGAUUCGGCGUAGCUCUCUACGAUUCGCAGUCCCCGAGAAUAUUCCACGGGAAGUGUCUCGUUCCCCGGUUUAUCUACUUGUUUUACUUGCCGGAACGUGCCUCGCGUUUCAAUAGAAAAAGAGAUACGGCAGUGUGAAGGUGGCGCAUUCCGCCUCGAUUUUGAGUUUGUUUGUUCGUUCGUUCCGGUGCGGUCGUGGGGACGGGCGAGAAGCGCGACGGCGAUGAAGCGCGGCGGAUUCGACGCGGAAGGAAACCAAGACGACGGAAGCACGGUG